UUUCUUGUUGUUCUUCAGGUAAUUUUUACCGGUAAAAUAUUUUACACUACAAAAUGUCUAUUUUUCACGGUUUCCCUGAAUUACCUGGACAAAACGAUACUGCAUUUUGUAAAAUAAACGAGGUUUACUGCUGCGGUAAUGUGCGUUACGGAAAUAUUACUACAUUCACUAACACGACGAAAACUCAUCCUGUAAUUAACGUAUCAAGAGAUGUACAUCACCACAGAACUACAGAUGAGAAUAUUAGUAUGUACAUCGAAGUUGAAGAUAACUUAUUGAAGAAAAUCACUAGUGUACUAUAUAAACAGGGUAUUUUGGAAGCUCUAAGUGUAGCCGCUGACCCCAACGUCAACAGGGAUAGCCCUUUCCUUGCUGUCACUGCCUCUUAUGUGCUAAAAGUGGCAAAUAUCUUCACAGCAUUUCGGUACUUCCUGCAACCACAUUUGAAGGAUAUUGGCCCUAAAAUCGUGUCAAAUUACUCUAGGACAAGGAAUUGGGGAAAUGCACCAGUUAAAUGCAUGGCUUGGCAUCCACAUACAACAAAAAUAGCAGUAGCAACAUCGGACGAUAAUGUGAGAGUUUAUUGCUCUGAAGUUGCGUUUGUGUCAACAUUGAAGUGCAAAGCGCAGGGUCAUGUAUCCUCACUAUGUUGGAGACCAUACUCAGCGUCAGAAAUAGCUGUUGGUUGUGAACAAGGUGUUUUAAUAUGGACUGUGGACCCUAACUCAAUAUUUACCAAACUGUCUUCGAGUAAUGCUGUUUUAUUGAAAAGAACUGGGCACAGCCCCGUGACUGAUGUGAGCUGGUCUCCAAACGGGGAUUUACUCAUCAGCUGUUCUGGAGCCGAUACAUCUAUGCUUGUGUGGGAUGUUGCUAUGGAAACGGCUGUACCAUUGCGGAGAGUUGCUGGUGGGGGCAUAGUAUUCGCUCGAUGGUCAUUUGAUGCCAGUAAAGUCUUUGCUGCUACCUCUUCAAUUAUAUUUAGGGUGUGGGACACUAAAAGCUGGAAACCAGAAAGAUGGUGUGCACAGGGUUGUCGAGUGGUGGCAGCCUGUUGGGGACCCAAAGAUCUGCUGCUCUUUGCCGCUAAAGGAGAACCAAUAGUGUAUGCCCUGACUAACACCGGACUAAUGAGUGGUUCCCAGAGCAGUAAAGCAGUACCUGUUUUGGAUGUGACCAAGAUAGAGUUACCUACAGGUGAAAUUGCCGGUGGAUCAAUAUUGGACAUGUGUUGGGACCCCUCUGGAAAAUAUCUGGCACUCAUGUUUGAGGAGUCAUAUUUGGUGGCUGUAUUCUGCACUACACACUUGAUGUUGCAGCUUAAAAUUACUCCUUGUUGUUUCGUGUGUGGUAUUGAGAACGAAAUACCAACGACAAUUGCAUUUCAACAAAAUUUCGAUGCUGGUGCGUGCCUCACUAUCGCGUGGACUAGUGGCCGAGUACAACAUUUCCCAAUCGUGUACACAGACAAAUACUGAUGACAAGUUAAGUAUAGACAAUUCUGGAAUUCUGAAGACCAAGAAACUAAGGAAACACGCCUAAAUUUUUGUAUAUAUAUUUUUAUAAUUAUAGUACUAAGAUUGCUUUUGUAAAAUUGUUAAUAUAAGGAACAUAAAUAAACUGCCAAUAUUUAAUUGUCA